GUGAAGUUAUUCCGAGGUGUGUGUUGGUGAAGUUAUUCUGAGGUGUGUGUUGGUGAAGUUUCUUAGAGGUGUGUGUUGUGUACAGAUUUGUGUUGCUCUGAGGGAAACAGUUGUUUAGGAUUAUUAGAAUGACUUUAGUAGGUCAGGAGGUCUGUCUGUAGGUGUAGAUUACGUUCUUUAAAUGUUACUCAGGUGAAAGAGGAGGCCAGAAACAUACUGAAGUGACUGACGUUAUAACACCGUCAUAAAACCCAGAGACAAGGCUCAGUUCCUACUUCUCUUGUACAGGAACGUCCUGACAUCCUGCCUUGGCAGAGCUCCAUGUUCAGAGGAGUCUGGGAAUGAAUGGCAACCAGGCUCUUUCUUUCUUUCUCUGAAGCUGGGCUGGAAUGUGAGGCCUUUUUCCCCUCUUCAGACACCAUUAUCAUCAGUGAAAUAUUCCCUCUGCUGGGCCUAUUGUACCCGGCAGGGUGAACGUCACGGGCGCACAAGUCCGGCCUCUCAGCGGGGUUUAGGCACAGCGAGGCACAGCGAGGCGAGUGUGUAGAGACAGAACGUUCCUCCAUGUUCUUCUGAAGCACUUUAAACUGAAACACUGGACGGUUUCUUUUGACUCAUUUAAACUGAAGGAUUUGAGAAGAUUGCGUUUUAUAUUACUGUAAAGAUGCUGAGAAACAGAAAGCAGCUUCUGAAUUAAAGACAUUGGAGAUAUAAAGACUUCACUCUGCUCUUCACUUCAAUUCUAAUCCAGAUGGAUUCCUACAACAUUCAUUUUGAGAAGAUGAACAACUUUGACCUUCACCCUCUCAGUCGACAUUCUCCAUCCAAGUCCACAAGUAGUAUAGAUCAGUACACACACCAUCACGGUAAAGGAGAUUCUGCUUACAGCUCUUUCUCUGGAGGAUCCACCGUCCCUGAUUAUUCUUCGCCCUUCCUAGCAGAUGAUCUCCACCCCCAUAACCUGGACUAUGCUGAUCUGAAGUACGUGAAGGCCGUGUACAGUCCCAGCAUCCUGGACUCGGACUCUCAUCUCUAUCGUUCCAUGGAGGCCAUUGUGCACCAACAACAUCAGAGCCAUAAUGUCUUUCAUGUGAAAGAUUUUCCAAUGCCUACCAGCCAUUUACCACCUCCACCACCACCUCCAACUCCGCCUCCACCACCUCCAACUCUACCUCCACCACCUCCUUCAACUCCACCUCAACCACAUCCACCACCUCCCCCACCUGUCCAUGGAGACAGCUUAAUAACAACAAGGUCUCCUGAAACCUCAGUGUUGAGACGGAGUUCUGAAACUGAGAUUUCUGGUUUUUCCCCAUUUAGGCAUCAAACAUCUAAUUCUGAGAUCUUCAGCUCGAAACCUAAUGUUUGUUAUGAUCUAUGGGUUCCUCAGAAUUUUGAGAGAAAGCAAGACCUCGUGGAAAAAAACCCAGAGUCGAAGUCAGAAGCCAUUUACAGACCACAAACCAAACAUUUAUUAGAGAACAUGGAGGGGCCUUCAGACAUCCAGCACAGCAGGUCACAUUCAGCUUGUGGAGUUUCAGAAUCUAAGCAACAACACUCCAUCAACUCCUGGCACAUGGUUCAGAACACCAUUAGUGGAAGUGUUCAGCACAAAGGACAGUUCUAUUUUGUGACUGGAGUUUACAAACCAUCAUGUGAAUCCAGUGUUCCACCUCCACCACCAUCACUACCGCCACCACCACCACCACCACCACCACCACCUGCGCAAGCUGAAAUACAGAGAUCACAUGAUACCACGGAGAACAUGUUUAAUAAUGUUCCUCAAAGAAAACAGAGCUGCAGUGAAAUCUUCUAUCAGGAGAAAAAAAUGAUCUCAGCAAACGCAGAAGAGGAACCUUCAAGUAACCAUCAUUUAUUCAAGACUCACAGCAUCGCUGAUGUAGAACUUCUGAAUAGGGAAGUUGGCAGAUUUCACAGCAGCAAUCAUCCAAUCUUCUACUGUGGUCCAGAGGAUAGCUUCUUAAAAUCUCAACAUAAACCUGUGACUUCUGGUGUUUCUGACACUGACCAUGACAUUUGUUUAAAACAAGAAGAACCUGUAAAUAAACUGACCAAAAAACCUGUAGCUGAUGUGCCUACGGAGAAGAUCAGCAAGGAGGCCACUCCUCUACUUUACCACCUCACUGGAGCCAGCAGGGCAUCCAUCAUGAACAGCAUCAAACCUGAGAGAAACUCUAACUUGGGAUGUAAGGUAUCAGAUAGGGGAAAGGAGCACCAGGAAGCUGGACAGAUAUCUUCCAGUGUUUCUUCUGGUACUCCCUUGUUACACAGUGAAGUGUCUAACGAGGUGAAGUCAAAUGAGUUUUAUUAUCUCUGCAACACCAUGGAUGAUUCCUUCAAAAAAUAUUACAAAGAAAAGCUGAAGGAUGCACAGACCAAGGUUCUGAGAGAGACAUCAUUCAAAAGAAAAGAUCUCAGACUCUCUUGGCAGAAGGUCAUUAACCACUGCAAUGAUAAGAGACUUUCAGCCAAACCUUCGGGACCUCCUUCUCAAGAAAACCCCAAUCCAGUUCAUCUGCCUGCACUUCCGAAAACAGACACUGUGAAAAACCCUAACCAUGAGGUGACGAAAGAGAUGGUGAAGCAGCAGAACAUCGCUCAGCCUCAGGUUCCUCGAGUGGGCUGUAGGAAACACUUGACCCUCGAACAGAAGAAGCUGUCCAACUCCGAGCCAGAAAAGCUGCACCGUCUGGGAGACGGACCGACCCACGUGACCUGCCGUUCUCUCGGGAGUGAGAGUGAUGGUCUGCUAUCAGAGGAACAUCUCGGUCAGCAUGGUCUCGUCUCAAUCAGACGUAAAAUGUUCGAGGUGCGAGGACGUGCCAUGUCCGCCUGCAGCUUCUCCAAAAGUACUCUAAAGCAUUUUCAGCAGAAGGCCUUGGUAGCGUAUAUGGAGCGUAAAACUGGCAGUAAGGUAGCAGAACCUGAGCAGCCAUCUCCACAGGUUCCCAUGGCAGGAAGGCCUUCUGACUGGGGUCCCAAACCUUAUCCAGGAUUCAAGGAGAAGCCCAUAAGGCCGCUCUCUGCUAGCCGUAUUCAUGAUUCUAUCAGAUAUCACCAGGUCACCUCUGCACCACAUGGAGCUCACUCGUCCCUGUUCCGCUGGAGAGAAAGACCAUCACCUCCAUCAGAUAAGUCUAUGUCUGUGGAAGAUCUCCUAAAGGAACUACAGCAGCCUUGCUCACAUCGACGUGGCAGCACUUCAGCACCUUAUUCCUUCUACCAGACACAGAAACCCUUCACUUUUUCAUCCCAUGAUGAAGAUCUCUCCAGAGUUGAGAGUGUGGAGGGAGAGAGAGCAGUGUGGAAGGAGAACUCAGCAUGGGUUCCGUCUCAGCAGAAGGUCCGAAUGUUGGUGUCUAGAGGGAAAUCAAUGGAGGAGCUUGGAGCAUCUGCUGUUUCCAGGCCAAAAGUUCUCAGUAAAAGCUCGGAUCAGCUUGAUCAGAUCCAUGGAGAACACGUCAUGUCUAAACAGAAGAAGAGACAGAACUCCGGACCUCUGGUUGGUUCUGAGGAUGAUGUUCCUCUUGGCCCUGACCACAGGAUCUUUAAGGAACCAGGUUCAUUAGAGCUCACACCUGCAGUGGGCCAGUCUCGGAUCAGACCAGCUUCUGUAUUGGGUAAAGAGAGCAGAGCCACAGCUACUGUGGGUUUUUUCAGAAGGUCCAGUGAGAACAAUCUGAUAUUCAGCAAAAUGCAGGCAGCUCCUCAGAAAGUCCUCUCAAAAAAGGAUGGAGAUGAGAGUGAUGUCCACCACGUUCAUGACGUUCCUCUCAGCUUUGGGAUCACCACUGACCCCAGCCUGUGGCUGUUACCCCCUGGGGAAGAUGGCGAGAAAACACCUGGGGACACAACAUCUUCUCAUACACCUCCCCAUCAUCCUCAGAUCACAUCUGUUUUAUCUGGCAGGACAGAGUCUGGGUCUGGGUCUGGGUCUGGGUCAGGAUCCGGGUCUGAGUGUGAGCGGUUACCAGUGGCUCCUCUCCCUGCACAGGAUGGAGCUCAGGACAGAAAGAAGAAAGCAUACAGGAAGUGUCCUGUAGACGAGCGUGAGUGGGAGACACUGGUACAGGAUGUGGUCUCAGCUGAUCCGUCAUUAGCUCAUGUUCUUUAUCCUGUCGCUAAUCGAAAGACGGCCGUCAUGCUCAUGGAGCAGAUGUUAUCUGAAGACAAUCUGUUGAUGGAGGAUCACUACAGGAAAAAGCAGGAGCAGAAGGUUUCCACACUUGAACAGGUUAAAUACAGGUCGUCUGCUGCUGCUGAUGAUGAUGGCGAUGAUGAUGAUGAUGAUGAUGAUGAUGGUGCGAGUGUCACAGAAAAGAAGAAACAGCUGAUGAAUCGAAUCGAAGAGCAGCUGAGAUCUCUGGAGGGAUCACGCUCAUCACUGCAGGGCGAGGAGAAGGAAAUCGGAAUUCUGGGUAAUUCCCUGGAGGUUCUGGUGCAUGAGCGUUGUUUAGCGGCCGAGCUGGAGCGCUACAAACACUUCAUUGAAGACCUGGAGCGCGUCCUCAGCCUGCUGCUGUGUCUCUCAGCACGUCUGGCUCGCGUGCAGAACGCCCUGAGCACCGCAGACGAGAAAAUGGACUCGGAGGAGAAGGAAUCUCUGGUCAGUAGACAUCAUCUCUUGUGCAAACAGCGGGACGAUGCCAAGGACCUGAAGGAGAACCUGGACCGGCGUGAGCGCAUGGUCUCCACGUUCCUGGCCAAACAGCUGACAGAGGAGCAGCUGCAGCAGUACCGUCGCUUCGUCCAGAACAAAGCCUCGCUCCUCAUCCGCCAGAAAGACCUGGACGAGAAGCAGCGGCUUGGGGAGGAGCAACUUGAAGCUCUUCUGAACAGCAUUCCUCCCUGAACCAUGCCAUGUCUGUCAUGUGAGGAACUGAGGAGAGAAUUAAAGAACAUCCAUGUGUGCUGCUGAGUCCCAGUAUGAACUACUGAUCUUCUGAUCUACUGAACUGAUGAAGCCAAAACCUAAAGUAGAAACCCUUUAUAGAGAUAUUAUUUUUAAUUGCUGUGUGUUUGUGUGUGUGUGUGUGUGUGUGUGUGUGUGUGUGAGGUGAAGUUUUUUGUUAGUUGAAAAUCUUGUGUUUAAUUUAUUUGAAUAGUGAAUAAUGCACUCGACCUGAAGACCAAACCCUGGAGAAAAGCACUUUGUUGUUCUGAAUCUGUACAUUUCGAACUGUAACACACACACACACACACACACACACACACACACACACACACACACACACACACACACACACACACACACACACGAAUGUCUAUUUAUUUUUACUGAUGUUGCGUCCAAAACAUUUUUACUGACAUUUAAAUGGAAAGUUCAUCAAUUUAACCCAGACCUGCUCCAGAUCAAGAUCAAGUCUCACUGGGUUUUGUGGAGUAAGACGGUGAUACAAGAUGAGACGACAUGAGAUAAGAUGAGACAAGACGUGUGAGACAUGUUUAGAACAGUGGACUGUUGGAAUAAGGCUGUUAUAAAGUGUAAUAAUGAGACAGUGAGAGGCAGCUGGUGUUCACAGCUCUCAAACAGAUCUUCUUUCCUCUGUGUGUGUGUGUGUGUGUGUGUGUGUGUGUGUGUGUGUGUGUAAAUAAAGAGCAGGUAGAGAUUUACUAAUGGAAAAUGAAUCUAAAUCUAAUAUCAGUUUUUCUAAAAGGAAUAAAUGUAAAUUGUGCUUCUGUCUGUGUGAUGAAGAUGAUGAUGAUGAAGAUGAUGAUGAUGAAGAUAAGUGUACAAUGGGCUCAGGAGCUCUACAGCACUCAUAACUCUACAGUGUAGAAAUACAGGAGAGGUUUUGUGUGUUUAUGUGCACUGUACAUGCAUAUUGUGUAGUUUUGUGUGGUUGCAAUUAACAUUGACAGAGACAAAGUU